UCACUUUUAUUUGUUGAUAUCAGGAUGCUGAAAGGGAUAGCCAGAAGGGCAUGCCUCAACAGCAUGCUAAAAAUAAAAUGAGAGUGCCUAGACCUGAUGAUUCUUUAUCUUGGGGGAAGCAGAAAAGUCAGAGCAUGUCAGUUAAGGAUGCUGGUGUCAUUUCUUCUGCAUUGUCCAGCUUACAAAAGUUCACCAAUGAUGGAAGUUUCUUGAAAGAAUUUAAAUCUCAGCAAGAUGAUGAUUCAUAUUCAGAUCGUGACGGGAAAGUUGCAUCUGAUGUGUCCAAAUCUGAAAAACCAUCUCGUGUAGACGAAGGACACAUAAAGCCUGCACUAAGUGCAAACCAGUUGGCUGCUAAAGUUAUGCAGCUCCGUAUGAAAGGAAAGCAUGACGAAGCUGAGAAACUUCUGAAAGAGGCAGAAGUGCAURAAGGGGAAAGCAAAGCGGGUACCAUCACAACCAAUCCACAGGGUGAUGGAACUAUGAGCAGGUAUAUCAUGCAUGGCAUAAAAGCACGUGAAAAGAUGAAAGAGGAAGAUGCUGACAUGCAUGUAGCAAGGUUAAUAGUGCAAAACAAAAAGUAUAGUAUAUCAGGUCAGGCAGAUGAUGAAUACGAUUAUGACGAGGGACCUAAAAGAAAGAAACGGGGUAAAGGUGACGAUGUUCCCAAAUCAAUGGGAUAUACCCGUUUCGAAAAACGCAUUUUAACUCAGCAAGAGCGCUGUAACUUUUGCUUUGAGAACCCUAAGAGGCCACGACAUCUUGUUAUUGCGAUUGCCAAUUUCACAUAUUUGAUGUUACCUCAGUGGAAGCCUGUUGUACCAGGCCAUUGUUGCAUAUUGCCUAUGCAGCAUGAGUUAGCAACAAGAAGCGUUGAUGAUAACGURUGGGAUGAAAUACGCAACUUCAAGAAAUGUCUUCUAAUGAUGUUUGCUAAGCAAGAGAUGGAUGUUAUAUUUCUUGAAACAGUAAUGGGGUUGGCAAAGCAGAGCAGGCAUUGUUUGGUGGAAUGCAUUCCUUUGCCUCCAGAAAUUGCAAAACAGGCUCCUCUCUAUUUUAAGAAGGCAAUAGAUGAAGCUGAAGAAGAAUGGAGCCAACAUAAUGCAAAGAAGUUAAUUGAUACAAGUGAAARGGGGUUGCGUAACUCGAUACCGAAAGACUUCCCGUACUUCCAUGUGGAGUUUGGUUUAAAGAAGGGAUAUGUUCACGUUAUCGAUGAUGAAUCCCAGUUCAAAAGCAGUUUUGGUGUUAACGUUAUAAGGGGUAUGCUCCGAUUGCCUGCAGAAGACAUGCAUCGUCGUCAAAAGCAUGAGUCUAUCGACACUCAAAAAGAAGCUGCCGCGAAUUUCGGUCGAAGUUGGGAGCCUUUUGACUGGACCAAACAACUUGAUUAGAUUUCUGUCUUCUUCCCUAGCUUUUACC